AUGAUCGUCUGGAAGGUCGAGUUCGAGAAUCUGCGCGUCGCCUGCUUCGAGUGUGGCAAAAUUGGUCAUUCAUCCGACUCCUGCCCCCUUCUGCACCCAGCUGCAUCACCGGCGGCACUGCCACUCCUCUGCGGGGCGUGGAUGCUAGUUAGGCGAAAAAGCCGGCGAAAUUUAAGGGAUCAGGAUAAGAAAGGUAAGCAAGAGUCUGAGGCUGGGAUUCCGGGAUCUGGCAAGGAUGGAAAGAACGGCCAACGACCACAAGCGGGGUUACUGGAGGGGGAGAUGCUUACCUCCGCUCACUGA